CCCUGGAGACCUCAAGUUGGACCCAAUAAACCACAUCAGAUUAGGAGAGACGUCCACACAAGACCACAUCAGAUUUGGAGACACCAGGACCUGUUUUUAUUUUUUAAGGAUGACUGAGGCUCAGAGAGGAGACCUAUCAGACUUGGAGCGGAGGAUCUUGCAGGUGAUCUCUGCAGGCAACGUUCAGGAGGCAGCCAAGCUGCUGGCCAACAACAACAUACGGAUAAACUGCCUUGAUGAGAAUGGGAUGACUCCUCUGAUGCAUGCAGCGUAUAAAGGUGAAGCUGAAAUUUGUCGUCUGCUGCUGCAGCACGGAGCUGACGUGAACUGUAACCAGCACGAGUUUGGAUACACAGCACUGAUGUUUGCCGGACUGUCAGGGAAGACUGAGAUCACCUCCAUGAUGCUGGACGCUGGAGCAGAGACGGACCAGGUCAACUCUGUGGGACGGACUGCUGCUCAGAUGGCGGCUUUUGUAGGUCAGCACGACUGUGUCACAGUGAUAAAUAACUUCUUCUCCCCGAGAAGGCUUGAGUACUACACCCGCCCUCAGGGUCUGGAGAGGGAGCCCAUACUGCCCUCCCACUUAGCCGAACCUCUUCACAAGAUCAUCAUGACCACAAACCUUAACCCGGUUAAGAUUGUCCUGUUGGUGAGGGAGAACCCGGCAAUGGUGGAAGUAGCGGCCCUGGAGAAGUGUUCCCAGGUGAUGGACCUGCUGUGUGAGCAGUGUGUGAAGCAACAGGACAUGAAUGAGGUGCUGGCCAUGAAGCUGCACUACAUCAGCUGUGUGUUGCAGAAAUGUGUUUCCUUCCUGCACAAACAAGACCACAAGCUGGAUGCACUCAUCAAGAGCCUGCUGCGGGGGAGGGACAGCGACGGUUUCCCCCAGUACCAGGAGAAGUUCAUCAGGGACUGCAUCCGGAAGUUUCCAUACUGCGAGGCCACGCUCCUGCAGCAGUUGGUGAGGAGCAUUGCAACGGUAGAGAUUGGCAACCAUCCCACAGCGUUCUCCGUGCUGAAUCAGGCUCUGACAGGUCAGAUGGCGUUUGUCGAUGCUGAUUACUGCACCGCAUGUGGAGAGAGGGGGGCUGACAAGAGGUGCUCCCUCUGCAAAGCUGUGUUGUACUGCAGUCUGGUGUGUCAGAAGCUUCACUGGUUCACACAUAAGAGGAUGUGCAGCUCUCUCCAGGAGCAGGAUGCUGACCUGGAGGACAAUACGCCCAGACUCAAACAGCUGAAAGAUGAUGAGAGUGACUUGGUGAUGGAGACAGCAAACUUCCUGCAGGAGUUGUGUCUGCGGGCAGAGGAGAAGGUGUCUGCAGCUGGAGGAUGUCCUGCUGAGCUGCUUUCCUGUCCGUCCACCUCCACCCAGGGACCAUCCGGCAGAGACUGAGGACACACACACACACACACACACACACACACACACACACACACACACACACACACACACACACACACACCAGGUGGUUCUU